AUGGCAAACUUCGUAUCGUCUCCGGGACGUAUUCCAUCAGAUGCUGCUCAUUUACUUAAUUCAUCUCAACCUCCAUCUUCGGUAGGAAGAUCAGGAGAUUUUCCACUCCAGAGUAAUAAUCCAGGAUUAUUUAGUGAAACCAACAUGAGUCAAACUGCCUCUACUCCACAAAACAAUGCUCCAUUAGCAUCUGCAAGAAGAAAGCAAAUUGCGGUGCCUAAGGUUGUUGAUGUGACGGGUGAAAAAGUUCGUGAAAGUUUUGAACAAUUCAUAGAAACAUUUGUUGACGAAGAAAACGAUAACCGAGAUGACCAGUGGCAAGGGAAAAUAUAUCUUGCCCAGAUUGAAGCAAUGAAGACUUACGAGUACAGUACUUUGUAUAUUGACUAUCAGCACUUGCUUGGAAGAGAGAACGGAGUGUUGGCUUCGGCAAUCUUGGAACAAUACUACCGUUUUAUGCCGUUUUUAUUGAAAGGGUUAAGAAGGUUAUUGAAGAAAUAUGCGCCAGCAUUAUUACACACUAACUUGUUGGGCGAACACCAUGAGGAAAGUGUAAACGGAAGCGAUGGCUCGUCGUCUACUGCCGCGUCCAAUGCCAAUGAAAGAGUAUUCCAAAUUUCUUUCUUCAAUUUGCCAACAGUGAAUAGAAUCCGUGAUAUUCGUACUGAUAAAAUUGGUUCAUUAAUGGCAAUACUGGGUACUGUUACCAGAACAUCAGAAGUGAGACCCGAAUUAUAUAGGGCUUCAUUCACUUGUGAUAUGUGUGCCGCGAUUAUUGAAGGGAUUGAGCAGAUUUUUAAGUAUACUGAACCCACAUCAUGUCCAUCAUGUGAAAAUCAAUCCUAUUGGACUUUGAAUGUUGCUAAAUCUCAGUUUAUUGAUUGGCAAAGGGUCAGAAUUCAAGAGAAUUCGAACGAAAUCCCAACUGGUUCCAUGCCUCGUACAUUAGAUGUGAUCUUGAGAGGUGAAACUGUGGAAAGGGCAAAGCCGGGUGAUAAGUGUAAAUUUACCGGUAUUGAAAUUGUUAUUCCAGAUGUUGCACAGUUGGGUUUACCUGGUAUCAAAGCACAAUCUAUUAAAGAAAAUAGAGGAACAGCAUCCUCUGAAUUAAAUUCCGGUGUGAGUGGAUUGAAAGCAUUAGGUGUCAGGGACCUUACAUAUAAAAUUGCGUUCCAUGCGUGUCAUGUUUCUUCCUUAGUUAAUAAGACCACAGGUGCAAGUGAUAAUUAUGAUAAUAACGAAAUCGACUUUCAAGGUCCAGGCGAUCAAGAGUUGUUUUUGACCUCUUUGAACGAUUCUGAAGUAGCUCAAUUAAAAGAAAUGGUUAAGGACGAGCAUGUGUAUGAUAAAUUGGUCAAAUCUAUUGGUCCAGCUGUCUUCGGUCAUGAGGUAGUUAAAAAGGGUAUUUUGUUGCAGUUACUUGGAGGUGUCCACAAGCAAACAAUUGAUGGUAUUAAUUUAAGAGGUGAUAUUAAUAUUUGUAUAGUAGGUGAUCCAUCUACUUCCAAAUCACAAUUCCUUAAAUAUGUGUGUGGAUUUUCUCCAAGAGCUGUUUAUACAUCAGGUAAGGCAUCUUCUGCGGCAGGUUUAACUGCAGCAGUGGUCAAAGAUGAAGAAAGUGGAGAACAUACCAUUGAAGCUGGUGCCUUGAUGUUAGCAGAUAACGGUAUAUGUGCAAUUGAUGAAUUCGAUAAGAUGGAUAUUGUUGAUCAGGUUGCUAUUCACGAAGCGAUGGAACAACAGACUAUUUCAAUUGCAAAAGCAGGGAUUCAUGCAACAUUGAAUGCAAGAACUUCCAUUUUGGCUGCGGCCAAUCCAAUAGGUGGUAGAUACAAUCGUAAAUUAGGUUUGAGGUCUAAUUUAAAUAUGACUGCACCUAUUAUGUCAAGAUUUGAUUUAUUCUUCGUCAUUUUAGAUGAUUGUAAUGAGAAAAUUGACACCCAGCUUGCAUCUCAUAUAGUUGAUUUACACAUGUUCCGUGAUGCGGUUAUUAAUCCCCCUUAUUCUGCUGAACAAUUAUCAAGGUACAUUAAAUAUGCGAAGACUUUCAAACCUAAAAUGACAAAAGAAGCAAGAGACUUCUUAGUUACUAGAUAUAAAGAAUUGAGAAGUGAUGAUGCCCAAGGUUUAGGUAGAUCGUCCUACAGGAUCACGGUAAGACAAUUAGAAUCUAUGAUAAGAUUGUCAGAAGCUAUCGCAAGAGCAAAUUGUACUGAAGAAAUUACCCCCACUUUUGUCGCUGAAGCCUAUGAUUUAUUGAGACAAUCUAUUAUCAGAGUUGAAAUGGAUGAUAUAGAAAUGGAUGAUGAUGCUGAUAAUGCAGCUGAUACUAAUAAUACUGAGGAUGAAGUAAGACCAGAUGAAGUUCAAGAUCACACAGAUGAUAGAUCAACGUCUCUUGCUGAACCUUCUAGACCUAAGAAAGAAUCUAUUGCCAUUUCUUAUGAUAAAUAUGUAGCAAUGAUGAAUUUAUUAGUAAAGAAAAUUUCUGAUGAUGAUAGCACCGGAGGAGAAGGAUUAACAGCAGAACAAAUAGUGAAUUGGUACUUGACCCAAAAAGAAGAUGAUAUUCAAAGUGAACAGGAAUAUUAUAACGAAAGAAAGUUAUGUUACAAGGUCUUGAAGAGAUUAGUUAAAGAUAGAAUAUUGAUGAGCGUCACAAAUAGCUUGGAUGAUAAUGACCAGUUGCCAGUUACCGAUCAACAAGAAGAAUUACCAAGAAAUACUAGAACUGUGUAUAUUUUGCAUCCAAACUGUGCUAUUUUAGAUUUCUUUGACCAAACAAGGGUCGAAGAACCUGAUCAAGAAAUCAGUUAA